AUGGCGGAGAGCUGGCUACGCCUCUCGGGUGCAGGGGCGGCGGAGGAGGCGGGGCCGGAGGGCGGCCUGGAGGAGCCCGACGCCCUGGACGACAGCCUGACCAGCCUGCAGUGGCUGCAGGAAUUCUCCAUUCUCAACGCCAAGGCCCCCGCCCUGCCGCCGGGGGGCACCGACCCCCACGGCUAUCACCAGGUGCCAGGCUCGGUCGCGCCGGGGUCGCCCCUGGCGGCCGAUCCCGCCUGCCUGGGGCAGCCGCACACUCCGGGUAAGCCCACGUCGUCAUGCACAUCGCGGAGCGCUCCCCCGGGGCUGCAGGCCCCGCCCCCCGACGACGUGGACUACGCCACCAACCCGAGUGUGAAGCCGCCCUACUCUUACGCCACGCUCAUCUGCAUGGCCAUGCAGGCCAGCAAGGCCACCAAGAUCACCCUGUCGGCCAUCUACAAGUGGAUCACGGACAACUUCUGCUACUUCCGCCACGCUGAUCCCACCUGGCAGCAUAGACUGCCCACCUCGGUGCUCCUGGCUGCCGUCCGGAGUUCAGAUUUGUCGGGGAAGGUCUUGGGCUGA